AUGGUCAACUCCUGCUGUGGCUCUGUCUGCUCUGAGGAGGGCUGUGGCCAAGGCUGCUGCCAGCCCAGCUGCUGUCAGACUACCUGCUGUAGGACCACCUGCUGUCGCCCCAGCUGCUGUGUGUCCAGCUGUUGCAGGCCCAGCUGCUGUGUGUCCAGCUGUUGCAGACCCCAGUGCUGCCAGUCUGUGUGUUGCCAGCCCACCUGCUGCCGCCCCAGCUGCUGCAUUUCUAGCUGCUGCAGGCCUUCUUGCUGCCAACCAAGCUGCUGUGUGUCCAGCUGUUGCAGGACCACCUGCUGUCGCCCCAGCUGCUGUGUGUCCAGCUGCUGCAGGCCCAGCUGCUGCCGCCCCACCUGUUGCAUUUCUAGCUGUUGCAGGCCUUCCUGCUGCAGGCCCAGCUGCUGUGUGUCCAGCUGUUGCAGGCCCCACUGCUGCCGCCCCAGCUGUUGCAGGCCCAGCUGCUGUGUGUCCAGUUGCUGCAGACCCCAGUGCUGCAUCUCCAGCUGCUGCCGCCCCACCUGCUGCAUUUCUAGCUGCUGCCGCCCCACCUGUUGCCAGACCACUUGCUGCAGGACUACCUGUUGCCGCCCAGCAUGCUCUAGCUGUUCUUGCUGCUAA